AUAAUACAAUAUCACAAUCCUUCCUUUAAAUUGUUGUACGAUUGAUAAUUAGUCCAUUACAAGCUUCCUACACGGCGGUGUUUCAACGGAAUCAGGUUAAUCGCCGGAAAAAGUCGUCACCGAUUGCGCCUCCAUUGACUUGAAAUACUACGGUUUGGUUUCGGUAGGAAACAAUGGAUGACAUUGUAGAUGCUAUGAACAAUGCUUAUCAGGAAUUUGUGGUUGCAAUAGCUAGCACCCUUGAAGCCAAGGAGGCUUCCGGUGGCCAGGUUACUGCGGCCACUGAUGCCGCCCUAGAGAAUUUGAAACAAAGUAGGGAGUUGUUUCGGGUGGCUUGUGAUCAGGCUGAGGAGUUUGUGGAGUCUGUGAAACUGAGAAUUGGUUCUGAGUGCUUGGUGGAUGAAGCCACCGGGUCAGUGGCUGGGAAGCCUGGUCAACCGGUCACACCGGGCCUGCCACCAAUUAGUGCUGUCCGGUUGGAACAAAUGAGUAAAGCGGUUCGUUGGCUAGUACUUGAACUCCAACAAGGUUCAGGAUCUGCUGGAAAUUUGUCGAUGCCCCAACACUCUUCUGCACCUUUUGAUGCCCGGUUUCAUGAAGAUUCAACUCAAUAGGUACUUUAAUAAACGUCUUAUAUGUUUGUUCAGUUGACAAUACCCUGGAUCAUUAUGUUUGGAUUCACAACUGAUGGCUCUUGACAUAUCAGUUGUUGAAGAAGUUUCUGUUUUCCCAAACUUAAAACACAUAAAUGAGAAUUGGCACCAAAUGUCUACAGUUUACUAGUUCGAAAUAUGGUUUAGUUUGAUUAUUA